UAAUUCAACCUGCUAAUAUAAAUUUUAUGACUCUAUUUAAUGCAGAGAAAAAAAUGAAAGAAAAGAAAUGAAUAUGUUUGAGUAAAUUGGUUAACUACACAAGUUCAUAAAAAUAUGAAUAAAAAUUUUAAUUAAUUGAAAGAUAUUAUAAGAUAUAGUGAAAAAAUUUAAUCAAUAUUAAGGCUUUUUCAUAAAAAUGAUUAAAUACUAAAAUAUUAAUAAACUUUAUGAGAAGUUAUAAUAGAAAACUACAGUAGAAAACUAUAGUAGAAAACUACAUGUUUUGAAAUUUACAUAUAGAAGGGAUCAGGUUUUAAAAAUUUAGCUAUUUUAAAAAAAAAACAAAUUUAUGCAAUUCCAUUUAGAAAUGAACAUUGCCACCUCGUUAUGAUUAGUAAAGAAUACAUUAAAUAAGCGGAUUCCUUAAAAUUUAUUAUUUCGACUUAUGAAUUAAAUUAAUGAUAUUGUACAUAAAUUAACAAAACAAAAAUAAAUUUAUAUAGUUUACGUUCUUACAAGAAGUAUGCGUUAGAAAUAUUUAUGUAUUUUCUUUUGAUAAAGGCAUUUUAUUAAAAAAUUUAUUGUUAGAAAAUAGUGAUUGCGUUUAUUAAUUAAUUAAGUUUGAUACAUAGUUAUCACAAAUUAGGAAGAAAUAAGAAAUUUUUUUUCUUCUAUUAUUAGAAAAAGACAAAAAUUAAGAAAAAAUUAGCUACUAACAAUUAAAAGUAAAAAACUAAAAAACCUUCAUUAUACAGUGCUCCGGAAUUUUAAAUCUUGAUAUAUUUAUUAUUAAACAAAAAACUGAACAUAUGCUACAUCUAUGUUUUAGAUUAUAAUAAUUAAACUUGUUUCGCUCACACAAUCCUAAAUUAAUACGAUAUAAAUUGGCAAUUUCUUUAAAAAAAACAUGUUGCUCAACAUGAACAAAUUAUAAAAUCUCCAAAAUCAGAUAAAGAAUGUUCCUAAAUUUGUUCAAGAAAUCAUAAAAACAUGAAUCAAAAUAUGAAAUUUGUCAACCACAUCACUUGAUAAACAUGAGUGACGUCAUCGCACCAAUCGUUGCUGACACUGACGAAUUAUCGUCAGGGGAUUGUCAGCAACCCGUGCUUAAUGUGCCACCCAUUAUGGACAUCGUGACCCAAGAAGCCCCUAAUGGACCCCUAAUUGAAGGAGUUGAACUCCUGGAAAGAAAUGGCAAUGAAGGAGCUCAAGUUCGAAAAACUCGAUCCGGAGCAUCUAGUUCUGGAUCUUCCACAAAACCUUCUUUGUCCAGCAGGCUGGACAAUCUAAAGAUUUCAACUAUCCGGCAACAUUAUUAUCCGGAAGGUGGAUGGGGCUGGGUCAUUUGUGGUUGUGCUUUUGCUAUUAAUAUGCUGACAAGUGGAUUAUUACUAUCUUAUGGAAUUUUAUACCAAGAAGUGUUGAAGGAAUUUGGCGAAGAACAUGCAGAAAAAGCGAUAUGGCUCGGAUCGUUAGCUCUGGCAAUGGGAUACUUCCUUGCACCCCUAAUCGUGGCCUUUUGUCGCCGGAAGAGCACUCGACUGACCGCUGUAUUUGGAGGAUUGACUGCUGCUUUGGGUUGUCUUUUCACUUCAUUUGCAUCUCAAAUGCAUCAAGUGUUUGUUAGUUAUGGACUUGUUAUGGCCUUAGGACUUAGUCUAGCUCGAGUGACAUCAUCAUUGAUGAUAGGACAGUAUUUCAAGAGAAGGCGAGAAAAAGUGGAAAUCAUCGUUACAUCAGGAACAGGAUGUGGAGUCAUUGUUUUCUCAUACAGUUUUUCAAGCAUCAUUAGAACAUUAGGAUGGAGAUUAGGACUCCAUGCGAUCACGGGAAUGGCUGUUGCUCCAUUUUUCAUCGGCAUCUGCUACAGAUCAGCAUCACUUUACCAUCCUCAACGAAGAGCAAUCCUUCACUUAAAAAAUCAGAGGAAGAAGAUCAAAGAUAAAUCAGGAGUAUCAGACAAGCCUCCUUUCUUCGAUUGGGCACCCCUACGUAGCCGACCCAUCCUUCUCACCAUGUUCUCAGCUGCUUUGUGUGCUUUUGGACUCUACGCACCUUUUUUUCAUUUGAUGCUAUUAGUCUCGUCCGAAGGCCUCGAGAUAGAUUCCUUACUUCUCAUCCACUUACAUCUAGGCAUCGCUUUCAUGGUAGGCUGCUGUAUAUUUGGAUUUCUACUCAUAAAAAGAAACGCGGACUGCAUAGUUGGCAGACAGUAUUUAUGCCUGGCCGCCAUGAUCGCCAUUGGUUUGAGUUUCCUGUCGAUCCAAACAGCCCAGGACUAUUAUGGUUUUGUGUUAUUUUCCUGGAUGUAUGGUGUGCCUUGCGGAGGACUACAUUACUCCCUGAAAAUGUUGGUCUUCGAGAAGAUAAGAGCGAAGAGUUUCAGUAGAGCUUGGGCUUAUGUAGAAUGGGCUCAGAGCAUUCCAAUUCUUAUUGGAAUUCCUGUGACAGGCUACAUAAACAACAGCCAAGGAUCAAAAGCAGGAUUUUAUUUUACUGCUGCCUGCUCAUUUGCAGGAGCUGCAGUUCUGCUGCUCAACAAUAUCACAUCUAGAUUUCCUGCAGGUCGGAGUAGGGGACAAGGAUCCUGUAGUACCUGCGCAUCUCAAUCACCCUCCUGCUGCUGUAGUACUCAAGAAUUCAACAUUCAAAGCCGCCCGGGGUCAUCCGGAAGUCACCACCCAAAGUGCCAGAAAACGAUAUCUUUUAGUGACACUGUUGAUGUCGCCGAUGAGGAAAGCCCACGCCGAUAUCCCUACACAGGAAAGAGAUUCGAAUCCCAAAAUGACAUCUUGGCAUCACAACACAACACAAUACCGGACAAUUGGGCCGAGGAAGUCGCCGAGGAGAAUGUCGAUGUCGAUAAUAUUGACGAAAAUAUUGUGAUAUGUUACGAUACAGAUAUGGAGACACCAAUGAACAAUGCUGGUGUUAUAUUGGAAGACAGGAAACCUGUGAAUCGGUAUAUGUGUGGACAUUUAGAGGAUGAAUUUGUGGACACUAUUGCCCCACCUGUAGCUAGAAGACAAAUGACAGUGAUUGAAGAAGUGACCAGUAGUGUAUAAAGUAUUUAAUAAAUUAAAUUGUACAUUUG